AUGCGGACCUACAUCGCCACGCUGUGCGUUACUCCCGCCUUGGGCACACCGACCGAAUGUGCUACCGAGGAGGAGCGACUCGAUGAGAUUCUUCAACGCUUCUGGGAUCUGGAGGAGGUUCCUCGCCCCAAAACGACCGAUGACAUUUGCGAAGAGAUUUUCCAACGAACCGUAUCGCGCAAGAGCAAUGGCCGAUACAUAGUGGAGAUCCCAUUUUCUCCGGAUGCGCCUGCACUCGGUGAUUCCUACGGCAAGGCGCUAGGCCACUUUUUCAACCUUGAGAGACGUCUGAGGAGCGAUGAUGACCUGGGCCAGAAGUAUGUUCAGUUUAUGCGCGAGUACGAGACGCCCGGCCACAUGAAGAAGAUCACGCAACAACGAGAUGAUCCAUCCCACGCCUACUUUAUACCGCACCAUGCUGUCACCGCGAAAUUCCGUGUGGUCUUCAACGCUUCGGCGAAGAGCAGCAAUGGCGUCUCCUUGAACGACACUCAGCUGGUUGGGCCGGCAGUUCAAGAUCCACUAGUUGACAUCCUCUUACGCUUUCGUCGAUUCCGCGUAGCUGUCACGGCUGACAUCGAGAAGAUGUUCCGGCAAAUCGAAGUGGACUCCAGGCAUCGAUGUUGGCAGCAGAUCCUCUGGCGCGAAAGCCCCAAUGACCCGCUCCGUGCGUAUCAACUGAAGACUGUCACCUACGGUAUGGCUUGCAGCCCUUAUAAUUCUGCUCGUGUUCUGAACCAGUGCGCCAUUGACAACCAAAUCGUGGUUCCUGAUGCUAAUCGAGCUGCAGCUGCACGGGACAGUAUCUUACGCAACUUUUAUAUGGAUGAUCUCCUGGAUAGCGCUGACACGCCAAAUGAAGCAAUCACGUUAGCGCGAGACAUUUCCACCAUAUUGCAACAAGGCCACUUUCGACUUUGCAAGUGGAAAUCCAACGAUGUGGACGUGCUCUCGGCGACAUCUGGUUCAGAGGCAUACAGCUGCACACUUGGCUUAGGCGACACUGAUGCCAAG